UACUUAAAAAGAUUCUUCAGCCUGAUGAAGACCAAUCAUAUUAUCAUGUGGUCUGUGGAGAACACGGAACCGGGAAAACCACGUUAACCAGAAUUGCGUCAAGGGAAAAGAUAUUAGAGGACUUUGGCAUAGCAUUCGGACAAUCUCUUAACUUUGCAUUUGAGGAAUGUAUCUCUUUUACGGAACAUUUUAUGAUGAAAAUAUUAGGUCAUACAAAUACCUUAGAAGCCUUCAAGCGCGCUAGUGCAGUGUACGAAGCAAAACACAACAAACCUCCAGUCAUCGUUUAUGACAACAUUGCCAAAUUAGUUAGUGUGAACCCAAAAGUUCUUGAUACUCUCCAAGAUGACGCUAAAAUGAAUGCUGAUCACCGAAAGUACAUCGCAGUAUUUGUCAGUGGUGAAGGUUCGGUUCCUCGAAGAAUGGAAUACAAACCAGUGAUAGAAAUCGGAGACCUUAGCGAGGAAGAAUCAAUGGAAUAUCUAGUCGACAAGCGCAAAAUCAACUCUUUAGAGGCAAAAAAGCUAUAUGAUUUAAUAGGUGGACGCAUCGUAGAACUGAAGUCCACAGCUGAUAAAUUUCAGGCUAAACAACCCUUUGAAGCGCAAGUCUUUGGUACAGUUUAUGAUAAUCUUGAGAAGGCAGAAAUGAAUCCACGUCAACCAUAUCACGAAUCGGCAAAAAUUAUAAUAAGAGCUUUGCUAAAUUCCGAUGGUAUGAUUCAUGUUAGCAAGCUUCGAGAAAUGGCCAAAGUGGAACCAAGCAAGUUGUUGGAUGGAAAAUGCUAA